AUGGCGAGGUGCCUGAGUUUCACCGGCUCCGCCGAUUUCCUCUACAGGAGCUUCUUCUCCUACUCGGGUCUCCGAUCCGUGAAGACGGGCCUGCACGACGGCGGCACCGUGAUGCACUGCUGGGUCCCCAAAUCGCACAAGCCGGCGAAGCCCAACCUCCUUCUGGUCCACGGCUUCGGGGCGAACGCGAUGUGGCAGUACGGCGAGCUCCUCCGUCACCUGAUGCCGCGGUUCAACAUCUACGUGCCGGAUCUGGUCUUCUUCGGGGAGUCCACGACCCCGCUGCCCGACCGGAGCGAGGGAUUCCAGGCGCGGUGCGUGAUGCGGCUGAUGGCGGCGCACGGGGUGGCGAGGGCGAGCGUGGUGGGGAUCAGCUACGGGGGGUUCGUGGCCUACAGCCUGGCGGCGGAGUUCCCGGAGGCGGUGGAGAAGGUGGUGCUGUGCUGCACGGGGGUGUGCCUGGAGGAGAGGGACCUGAGGGAGGGGCUGUUCGAGGUGGCUGACGUGGACGAGGCGGCCAACAUACUGAUGCCGCAGACGCCGGCAAAGCUGAGGGAGCUGAUUGGCUUUGCGUUCGUCAGGCCGGUCAAGGCGGUCCCCACUUGCUUCCUCUCCGAUUACAUUGAUGUUUUCUGUACGGAUCAGGUGACACAGAAAAGGGAACUUCUUCGGGCUUUAAUCAAGGACAGGAAUCUCUCCAAGAUUCCGAAGAUUGAACAGCCAACAUUAAUAAUAUGGGGGGAGCUUGACAGAAUAUUUCCACUCGAGUUGGGGCGCCGGCUCCAAAGGCAUAUAGGGGUUAAUGCGAGAUUAGAAAUCAUAAAGAACGCAGGGCACGCAAUGAACAUUGAGAAGCCGAGGGAGUUUGCAAAGCUUUUGAAAUCAUUUCUUGUUGGUUCUGAUCAGUCAUCUCAUUGGCCUAAGAUGCUUUUCUGGAGCAGCCCUUGA